AUGACCAAGCUCAAAGCCUUCAUCACACCAACCAAAGCAUCCACUUCACCUCCAUUGAGUUCUUCUCACACACGCACUGAAGCCCUUGAAUCGACUUCUUCCUCACAUCUUAGCCAUGUUGUUCUAGAUUCAUCACAAUCUUCCCCUGGUCCACCAAUAUGGCUAGGCGUGCAAUUGAUUUCAAGAGUCAGAGGGGUUUGCUUCUAUUUGGUGACUGCAGUUGCAGCAAUCUUUUUGUUUGUAGCUAUGGUUGUUGUUCAUCCACUUAUGUUGCUAUUUGACCGGUACCGUAGGAGAGCACAGCACUACAUCGCGAAGAUUUGGGCUACGUUGACAAUUUCCAUGUUCUACAAGCUUGAGGUUGAGGGAAUGGAGAAUCUACCUCCAAAUAGCAGUCCUGGUGUCUAUGUUGCUAACCAUCAGAGCUUCUUGGAUAUUUAUACCCUUCUAACUCUAGGGAGGUGCUUCAAAUUUAUAAGCAAGACCAGGUGGGCAAUGUAUCUCCUGGGUGUGAUUCCUCUGCGGCAUAUGGACAGCAGGAGCCAGCUGGAUUGUCUCAAACGGUGCGUGGACUUGGUGGGAAAAGGAGCUUCUGUAUUUUUCUUUCCAGAGGAUACUCGAAGUAGAGAUGGCAAGUUAGGUGUAUUUAAGCGUGGCGCAUUCAGUGUCGCUGCAAAGACUGGAGCUCCUGUGAUACCUAUUACUCUUAUCAGAACUGGGAAAUUGAUGCCUUCUGGAAUGGAAGGAAUUCUCAAUUCAGGUUCAGUAAAGGUGAUUAUUCACCGACCUAUUCAAGGAAAUGAUGCAGAAACGUUAUGUUCCGAAGCAAGGAAUGUGAUUGCAGAUACUCUUCUUCUACAUGGUUAUGGAGUUGCAUUAAAGCAAGUGGGUGCUUUGGUCUAUUUUUUUCUGAACGAGUGCUUUGGUCUAUUCCCCAGAAGAUUUUCAGAGCACAAGUACUUGAGACUUGAGACAAAGCUCAUUGCAGGUAGAAUAUUUGGGAAGUGCCUUCAAGAUGUUCGAGGAAAUGCCUGCUGCAUCCUCUUUUGCACAGACUGGGCACCUGCUAUGGAAGACAGCCUCGGUGCAUGCAAGGUCUUGGCUCCUGGGCUGCCGAAGAAAGGAUAG